GAGAUGCGGAAAUGUUUGCCGAUAUGGUUGUCGAAGCUGUGACCGCUGUUGGAAUAAACGGGCCCAAAGGAUUGGUUUAUCCGGUGAAGUCGAUCAAUGUUCUAAAAGCACAUGGUCGUUCAAUGUCAGAAAGCAUGUUCAUCAAGGGCUACGCCCUCAACUGCACCGUAGCCAGUCAGCAGAUGCCCCGUUCAGUGAAAAACGCAAAAAUUGCCUUCCUCGACUUCAGUUUGCAAAAGGUCAAGAUGAAACUUGGCGUCCAGGUUGUCGUUAAUGACCCGGAUCAAUUGGAAGCUAUAAGAAAGCGUGAACUGGACAUUACGAAAGAGCGCAUCCAAAAAAUCCUUGCUGCUGGCGCUAAUGUCAUUCUAACAACGGGAGGAAUCGACGAUUUGUGCAUGAAAUACUUCGUGGAAGCCAAUGCGAUGGCUGUGCGACGGUGUAAAAAAAGUGAUCUGAAGAAUAUGGCCAAGGCCACAGGCGGACAACUGAUUGUAAGCAUGUCUGACAUGGAGGGUGAGGAGGUGUUUGAUGCGCAGAAACUUGGAAAGGUGAGCACGCGAAGUGUUUCCACAAUUUUCUGGUUUAGAGUCUAG